AUGCCACAACAGCCAGGCGAGCUGUUUCCAUCCAAAGUCAUCUGCGCUGGUAUCACAACAUGUUUUGUGAAUGUCGGGUCGGAUCAUCCCUCCAUUCUCGAGGCAAUCGUCAAAGGCAAGAGAGAGAGACCUGACACAUGGCCCAAGCUCAUCACCUGCCCCUCCGAGGUAACCGCUAUCUCCAUGGCCGAUGGCUAUGCGCGAGUCACAGGCAAGCCCCAGGCCGUCCUUGUCCAUGUUGAUGUUGGCACUCAGGCGCUCGCCCACGGUCUACACAAUGCCAGUGUCGGUCGCGUUCCCGUGCUCAUCCUUGCGGGCCUGGUUCCGUAUACCGAGUCUGGAGAGCUGCCUGGGUCGCGGACUGAGUAUAGCAACUGGCUGCAGGACGCUCCGGACCAGAAAGGGCUUGUUAGACAAUACUGUAGAUAUACGGGUGAGAUCCACACCGGGCUUAACGUCAAGCAGAACAUGGCUCGCGCCCUCCAGUUUGCAAGCAGCUCGCCCAAGGGCCCGUCAUAUCUAGUCUGCGCCAGAGAGGUCCUAGCCCAGGAGAUCAAACCAUACUCCUUGGACCAGAGCAGGUGGGUUCCGAUCGGAGAGACCGCUCUACCUCCCGACGCUGUACGCGAUGUCGCAGAGGCAUUAGUAAACGCCGAACGUCCUCUCAUCAUCACAGGCUAUUCAGGCCGCGACCGUCGAACGCCUGAAAUUCUUACAGCCCUCGCAGACUCUAUUCCUGGGAUUCGUGUUCAUGACACGGGCGGUAGCGACGUCAACUUUCCGUUCUCUAAUAUCGCUUCCGAGGGCUUCCGCCUCGCUGUAGACGAGUGUACUCGGGACGCCGAUGUUAUCUUGCUUCUGGACUGUGAUAUUCCCUGGAUCCCAUCGCGCAACCCACCGUCGGUCGAUGCCCGCAUCUAUCAUAUUGAUAUUGACCCUCUCAAACAGCAUUUCCCAGUGUCUUUCUACCCUGCUAACGGCCGCUGGAAGGCUGAUAGCUUCACGGCACUCUCGCAAUUGGUCAACCACAUCAAGACCGACACUGCGCUUGUAGAAAAGCUCCAGAACCCCAUCUAUGUUGCGCGUCGCGAUGUUCGUGCCAAGGCACAUCAAGCACGAAUGGAUGAAAUUGCGUCUCGACCUCGCCUAGGUGAUGAUGAGCCCUUGGAUUUCGACAACAUUGGCCAUCUCCUCAAGUCCGCCCUUCCGGAAUCCACCAACUUUGUCAUCGAGGCAGUCACAGCCUCCCAUGCUCUUCAUGAUCAACUCCAGCCAACACGACCAGGGAGCUGGAUUAACUGCGGCGCAACGGGAAUCGGAUGGAGCAACGGCGCAGCGCUCGGUGUCAGAAUGGCUCUCACAGAUACAGAGGUCCAGAAUAGACAAGACAGCCAGCAACGGGGAGGUUUGGUGUGCCAGGUUGUCGGCGACGGGAGCUUCAUGUGCGCGGCGCCGUCAAGCGCGCUGUGGGUGGGCUCCAAGUAUCAGAUUCCGCUCUUGACGGUAAUAUUGAACAAUGGGGGCUGGAAAGCACCACGGAACUCUGUGAAGCUUGUCUAUCCUGACGGCCUGGGUGCGUCUGCCACCGAUGACGAAAUCAACACUGCGAUCCGACCAAGUCCAAACUACGCCGCAUUAGCAGAGGCUGCGGCCGGAUCGGAGGUCGGCUGGACGAACGAGAUAAAAGAUACGCAAGGUUGGAUGAAAGGUGUUAGGGUUCAGACGGUGAGAGAACUGAAGGAAGCACUUACGGCGGCGGCGUCUAGGCUUUCGACAGAUAAAAAGUCCAUGCUCAUUGAGGUGCUACUCUAG